AAUGGCAUGCCAGCCAGUGACCCUUGUCCAGUGGCUCUGGAUGUGGGUUGCUGUGCAGGGCACUCUUUAGCAGCCAUCUCCUAUGUGCUUGCCUUGGCACAAUCUAGCUCAGGCAUUGAUGUGCCCGGCACCAUCUCAAUGUCUGGCCCACAUUGGAGGGGCUCAGCCCUCUGGUACCAUGACACACAUUUGGAGUUUACUGUUCAUUGACACUGGCUUCCACAGUGAGGGUGCAGGCCACUAAUGUGAAGUCGGAUCAAGUAAACCCUUUGAAGCUUCUCUCUUCUGGGUGUUCUAAUCCUCCCAAGUGUCAUGUGUUCUCUGUAUGUGAGAGGUGUUACUCCUGUCCAGGCUCAGUCUACCCACCCCAUGACCAUGUGCAGGGGAUGGGACAGGGAGGGGUGGGAAGAGCACCCUGGCAGGUAGGGGAGAGCUUGGCUCACACCCUGGACUGCACCCCUGUCAUGGGCCUGUUCCCAGGUGCAGCCCUGUCCUUUCAGGUGUCCUCUGAACGGUGGGCUUGCUCUGAGCUGCCUCUUGCAGGAGAAGCAUGAAAAAAGAGAAGAAUGUGGUCUCUUCCAGACUGCUCUGACUGAGCUAAGGCUGUGCCUGCCAGACUGGUGCCAUUGAACAGCUGCCUGGCACUGGGCUGUGGAGGUAUACCUGCCAGGUGGAGUGGAGGUCAGGCUGGGCUGAGAGGAGUGGGAGAGGACACUGCUGGAGCUACAGAGUCCAGGGGCUCAGAGCCCUGCUGUGGCCAGAGACGACCGUGCCCAGGAGCCGCUGACCCCCAGCUGCCAGCUCAAAGCCAUGCCAUCAGGCCAGGAAGUAUGGCACACGGCUGUGCCACCCCCUCGCCGAGGUAGCUCCACAGUCUCCGCGGUGCCCGGGCCCUCCAGCCCAGCUGGCAGCCCCAAGUCCCCCUGCACCCCCGGCCUGGAGCGGGUGGCCUCGCCACUGGAGUGCUCCAUCUGCUUCUCAGGCUAUGACAACAUCUUCAAGACACCGAAGGAGCUCUCCUGCACCCAUGUCUUCUGCCUAGAGUGCCUGGCCCGGCUGGCAGCUGCCCAGCCCACAGGUCGCCCGGGCACAGAGGCUGUGCCUUGCCCUUUCUGCCGGCAGCCCACAGCAGUGCCAGCUUCUGGGGCCCCUGGGCUUCGCACCAGCCGCAAGUUACAGGCCAAGUUGCCGGUGCACCUGCGGCAGGAGGAGCCGGUGUGGCUGGAGGGCACCAAACUGUACUGCCGCCCACCACCUACCACACCUGGCCAAGAGGCACCCGGCUUCGUGUGCGUGGACGUGGGACUAAGCAAGCCUGCGGAGUCCACACCUCCUGUGCCUGUCCCCAGCCCUGCCCCACGCCGGGGCCUCCUGGCCUGCUUAGCCCGCUGCUGGGAGCGCUGUGCUGACUGGCGGCGCCUGGUGUUAGUCUCGGUGUUGCUGCUGCUGCUUUUCUGUGUGGUGCUGUGGCCCGUGCAGUGUGCCCUCAAGACGGGGAAUCUGCACUGCCUUCCCCAGCAGCAUGCAGCCGUCGCUACCACCACUGCCACUGCCUUCUCCCUCCAGCCCUUAGCCAACAGUUAGGGUCACCUGCCAGGGGCCAGGCCUGCCACUCCCACCUCCCAGGAUCCAGGGCAUGGCCACUGCUAGACGUCAGCCUCAGGACUCAAUGAGGACUUCUGGGACUGGAUUCUGGUGGGGUGGAUAGAGGCCCCAAAGGCUGCUGGAGCCACAGGCUGUACAGGCCAGAUGCACCCCUGACCACAGUGCGCUGAUGGGGAAGGGGCCCAGAAGAUGCCUGAAGCUACUCUGGCCCUCCCCAGUACACUGUGAAUGGCCCA